AUAGAGUUCAGAAAGGAAAGUGCCUGAAGAUGAGGAAUGGGUGUCUAUGGGAGAUCUGGCAACACAGGCUUUAAUUCAUUAAAAUUUUCACUGUGAAGGGAGGGAAGAAUGGAAACAAAUGAAUUGAAGGUCCCAGGUGAGUGAAAAUAGUAUCCAAGUAUUAUUAUUUUUCCUCUAUGAAAAGAUUGUAAAAAAUGGGGAAGGAGAUUGUGCUCUCUUUUUUUGGAAUAGGAGGUUCACUUUGAUAAUGUUUAUAAUUUUUUCUGAUGAAGAUUCUACCAAUUCUUUUCCUGGAAAUUGGCUGAGUUCUCAGGAAGUGGGUAACUUUUUUCCUUGAGUAUAUGGAUGAAACUCUAAUGUGGAAACUUCAGUACGUGUACAUGCAUUUUUAAAAUUGCAGAUAUUGAAUUGGAUGGAGUGGUAAAGAAAGCGUGACACAGAAAAUAGUGUGACAAGAAGAGAAACCACUAAUGGAGGAAGUGAAAAAUAAUUAGAUGCUAUUUUAGUUUUUAGGGGUGACAGUUGAAUAUCCUUGGAAAUGAAAUUUAUGCAGUAUAGAUUGUGAGUUCAAAGCAUGAAGAGGGACCAUUCCAAAGUUGGUAUCCAUGUGAUUUUUUCUGUAACAUAGAGAUGUUCUCUUGAGAAGAUACAGGCAAUUAAUAAAAUUAAAAUGAAUGUUCUUAAAUAAUAAUAUAACUGUUAAAUAAUGCACGAAGAAAUACCAUGGGAUUAGUCAUGAGAUGUGGUAAAGAAAGAUACAACAGGAUGGCAACAGUCAUGAUGUCAGGUAAGAGCAGAGAGUAUGCUGCCACAUUAUUUCUUCUUCCACCUACACUCGUCAUGUCUGCUAUUUGUAAUUCACCACAGGUAUGGCAGACUAUACUUUCUUACUGGAGUAAUAACAAUUCCAUAUUUAUCUGUACCUGGGAUUUCUAAACCUAUAUAUGUGACCUUUGUAAUAUUCCUCUAUGUAUUGCCUUGGGUAAUAUUGUUGUGUUUCUACGGCAAGGCUUUACAUAAGAUAAUGACAGAAUAAAAGUAUAAUGAAAAAGUGCUAUGCAGUCCUAGAUUGCACUACUUAAACAAUUGAAUGGGAGCUGGGCCCCUUGAUAUGUAGACUGUUCUCCAUUUAAUAGUUUCUGUUUUGCAGUCUUGUGCAUUUCAGAUAAAAAAACAGGAUAUUCAGAGUAUAAUAAAAGAGAAGGUGCUUUGUAAUCCUGUAAGCUGCAAUUAUCCUUCUUAGCAAUGAAUUUACUGCGUUGCAAAUAUGAUUAUGCGUAAGUGAUUUGUCUGUUAUGGUAUCUGCAUGCAACCAAUUUAAAACUUCGAUUUAUUUAUUUUGAUGCAUUUGGAUUCAUUAUUUUUUGCUUGGUCAGAUUUAUAAAAAAAAAAAUGCUAUUUGUAUUAUGAAUCAAUUGGUUUGUGGAUGUUUCAUCUCUAUCAUCUUUUACCUCUCCAAUUUCCAUGACAUUUUUACACCAAGUCAUGGUGUAACUUCUACUACUUCCAUGUAAUUACAAUGGUGAUUAAACAUCUCAUAAUGUCAUACAUUUAGAUGGUGAUUUUUUUUUGUUUAAUAGAUGAUUAACUCUUGUAUUGUAACUCUUGUAACUUUUACCACUCUAUUACCCUGUACACAGAGCUUGUUAUUGUAUGGGAAAGAGAUGGAAGAAUGAAGAAGAAUAACAAACUCUUUAUGGUUUCUUUGCCUCCUUUUUGUUUUUCUAUUUCACAUUCUUCUAAUUGUUUCUUUCUUUAUUUUACAACAAUUUAGUCUUUUAUUUUUCAUUUGUUGAGCAGAGGCUGAAAUGUAUUUUUUAUUUCUUUUCUUUUGGGAUAGGAAAAAAAAUUGUUUCAAAUU